AUGGAGGUCAGCUCCACAGAAGCCAGCAGCAGGUCCCCAGCUGGCACCAGCUGGCUGGAUUUCACCCUUGUUACCUGCACUGAGACAGUGACUUUCACUGAAGUGGUGGAAGAAGAGGAGUGGGGAUCCUUUUACUAUUCCUUUAAGACAGAGCAGCUGGUAACUCUUUGGAUCCUCUUUAUUGUCACAAUUGCUGGAAAUGCCAUUGUGCUCUUCUCUACAUGGAGGAGGAAGCGGAAAUCUCGAAUGACAUUCUUUGUUACACAGUUGGCAAUCACAGAUUCAUUCACGGGACUCAUAAACAUAAUGACUGACAUCAUCUGGCGCUACACGGGAGAUUUCAUGGCUCCUGAUAUCGUUUGCAGAGUCGUCCGCUACUUACAGGUGGUCCUCCUAUAUGCUUCAACUUAUGUCCUCGUGUCACUAAGCAUAGACCGGUAUCAUGCCAUUGUUUAUCCAAUGAAGUUCAUGCAAGGAGCAGAAAGACAGGCGAAAGUUCUUAUUGGAGUGGCCUGGAGCCUCUCUUUCCUGUUUUCGAUACCCACUCUGAAUUUUGGGAAACGGCAGCUCUCCAACGGGGAAGUGCAGUGCUGGGCUCUCUGGCCCGAUGACUCCUACUGGAUACCCUACAUGACGGUGGUUGCUUUCCUGGUGUACUUCAUUCCACUGAUCAUUAUCAGCAUCAUAUACUCAAUCGUGAUUCGAACCAUCUGGAUGAAGAGCAAAGCUCAGUCUGUCAUUAUAUCCAGCUGCCCUGAUGGGAAAACCUCCUCUGCUGGCUACACCAGUCGUGGGUUCAUAUCCAGAGCAAAAGUGAAAGCCAUCAAGUACAGCAUUGUAAUUAUUCUUGCAUUUGUUCUGUGUUGGAGCCCUUACUUUCUGUUUGAUAUCCUGGACAACUUCAACAUCCUCCCUGAGACCAAAGAGCGCUUCUUUGCCUCCGUGAUUAUUCAGAACCUGCCGGCCUUGAACAGUGCCAUCAACCCCCUCAUCUACUGCGUGUUCAGCAAUCGCCUCUGCCCGCCCUUCGAGGAAAGAAGAACACGAAGGCUGGAGGGAACUUUUCGUGACCGAAGUGAUGGAGGGCAGGAGAUGCAGGUCCUGUCCAAACCAGAAUACAUCUAG